AUGGGCAGUGCUGAGGAGCUGGAGGCCCUGCAGCGCCUGGGCCAGCAGCCUGCCCCCGAGGCCACGUGCCAGCCCAGCGCCCCGGGCUGCCAGCUGGCGGGCGAGGCCCUGCACCGCGCCCACUGCAGCACGGGGGAAACGGCCAUGAGGAACUGCUGCGUGAAUGAGCGGGGGGUCCCGGACAGCCAGGAGAGCGGUGCCGGCGCGGGCAGCCCCAGCCCUGCGGGGAAGGCGCCCAGCAAGGACUCAGGGAGCGCGCUGGCCCCUCUGAAACACGUGGCGUUUCUGGAGCCAGCCACGAGAGAUGCCUUGGCUGGCGGCACUGGGGCCGACAAGCCCUGCCCCACACCGUUGGCCCUAGGGCCCCCCCACAGCCUGCCGGAUCAGGCCCUGCAAAGCACAGAAGCCGCAUGCCCGCCCGAUGGUGUGGGGUUGCAGGGCGACUCCCAGGGCAGCGCCCACGAGAAGGCACCGGCACCUCCAGCCCAACCUGAGGCCCAGCUGGGGCCCCCGGCUGAUGCUGUUGUGGGGAGCCCUGGGGACCCAGCGCCCUGCGCCCCCACUCCACUGGUGAAGGAGCCUGCUCCGGGCAGCCCAGGAAAGGCACCGGGGCAAGCAGACGCAGCCCUGCCGGAGCCUGCGGGGCAGACGGGGCUCCCCUCCCCACCCUGCCUCUCCGAGCCCAGCCCUGCCGGCAGCCCAAGCACAGCGCUGGAGGCCUCCUUGGCCGCGGCCCUGAAAACCGGUGGGGCAGGAGAGGUGGGAGAGCCUCAGGAGGCUGCAGCAGGUGAGCCGUGGAGAGGGGACCGCACUGGGGCGCCGCGGCCGGCACUGUCCAAGGGCUGCUCGUUCGAGGUCACGCCCCCGCCGCAGGACGCCGGGACACAGGACACCGCCACGCAAGUUGACAGCCGGGCAUCCCUGGUGUCCGUGGCCGUCAGCCCCAUCAACCCCCCGGGCAGUGCCUCAGCCUUCCCCUUCCAGACCCGGGGGCACCUCGUGUCAGUAGCCGUCAGCCCCAUCAAUCCCCUGGACGGGGCCUCGGCUUUCCCUUUCCAGAGCCAGGGGACGGGCAGUGCCGCGGCCCCGAGCAGUCCCGCCCCGGCCAAGAAGGAUGCAGAGAUGCAGGUGUCCAUGUCGGUGGAGACGCGGUCGGUGGCCACGGGGCCCAUGACGCCGGUGAGCAAGUCUCCCCAGGCUUCGUACCCCGAGGUGCGUGUGAAGGGGGCGGCCGAGGAGGUGCCCGAGCCCAUCCGGGAGGUGAGCUGGGACGAGAAGGGCAUGACGUGGGAGGUGUACGGCGCCGCCAUGGAGGUGGAGGUCCUGGGCAUGGCCAUCCAGAAGCACCUGGAGAAGCAGAUCGAGGAGCACGGGCGGCAGAUGGUGCUCACACCCCAGAGCACCCGCGCCAGCUCCAUCAAGGGGGCCCCGCGGGGCAAGGCCAAGGCCAAGCGUCCGCCCAGCGUCUUCCGGGCCCUGCUGCAGAACGUGCGGCGCCCGCGUUGCUGCUCCCGCGCUGGCCCGGCCGCCGAGUGAGCGGGGCGGCACCGCGG